UAAAGGUGUAUCAAACGAUACAAGUCGUUGAUUUUUUAUUGUAGUUUUUUUAUUAUUUAAAACAAAAAUGUAUUUCAAACGUAUUACAAUUUUAUUGUAUUAUGGUGUAUUUUUAUUUUCGGUGUUGGGGCAACCCGUAACUGAUGAACACGAAAAUAACAAACAAGAAUCGGAAUUGGAGACGAUCGGUACAACCAUAGACCAUGAUGAUGCUGAUGAAGUUACUGAAAGCCAACAGUCAGAUACAGGUACAAGCAGUAUAGCCACAGAUAUAACAGAAACGAUGACACAUCCACAAUUAUAUAACAUAGAAACAACCAGUUUAACCGAGAAUGAAGAGGAUGUUGCAGAAAUUGAUGAACGACUUAAGGGUAUAGACAUGGGCGAUGAACCACCUAUAACGUUAAAUAUUGUUGAUAGCUUAAUGGAUUGCGAAAACAAUGAUACUCCUAAACCAGCAAUCAAAAAAGUACUAUACCCAAAACCUAAUAUUUUCUCGGAAAGUGAGAUGGAUGAACGCAGAAAGGAAUUCCAAUUACAUGACAUAAAUAGAGACGGCUUUAUUAGUGUUUCUGAACUUUACGAAAUUCUUAAUAAAACGGGCUGGAAUAUGUCCUUAGAAAAUGUCCAAGAUAUAAUUGAAAUUAAUGAUAUUGAUGGAAAUGGAAGCAUUGACUUUUUUGAAUACUUGGUUAUGAUGCAGACUAACUCCGAUCGUAAACAAAACAUGAAGAUGUUUAUCUUAUUGGACAAAGAUAAAAAUACUUUUUUAAGUAGAGAUGAAAUAGUAAAUUUUCUAAAGGAAAAUUAUACGCCCAUUUCCGAGAAAACAAUAGAUUGUAUACUUAACAGUUUCGAUAAGAAUGAAGAUGGUACAAUCUCUUUCGAAGAAUAUAUGAACUACAAAAAACAAAAUUAAGCUUCUAGAAUGCAGUAUUUCUAUAAGAGCAUGAAAGAAAACCGAUUAUAUUUAAAUGUAUUUGAUAUUGUCUAAUAAAUUAAAAUAUAUGUCAUU